GAGACUUGGGGUUCGUGUACAGUAGUAACUGCGGGUCCCCGUACCUACAUUCCGACUACCAGUAGGUACACGACCUAUCGGCACUGAGCGUUCUAACGUGAUGGUUGAUCGGUAUUGCAUUCAUAGGCGCUGAUCUCAAAUCGGCCGUCAGUUUCUAAAUUUUUCGGCAACACAGUGAUCGGUCCGAUUGGACGGUCGGGAUCAGUUUUUCGCGUCGUAGCGCCGGCACUGGGCCUCUGGCUCACCAAUCCGUCAAACAUGUGUAAUGUUCCGGAGUGGACUCAUGUCUUUUUCAGAGUCUCGGCUUACUCCCUUUGCAUGUGAAGAUGGAGGAGUCCAAAGUUUCAUCUUGUCCCGAAAAUUUGGAGGAGGCGGGACGGGCGUCCGGCUGCCAGGGCUGUCCGGGACAGGCGCUCUGCCAGUCACAGGCUGGUCGUGAUCCGGCGCAGGACGCACUCAAUAUCCGCAUGAGAGCCAUCAAACACAAGGUGAUCGUGAUGUCCGGCAAGGGAGGCGUCGGAAAGUCGACCGUCGCUGCCUGCCUGGCUGCCCGGCUGGCUCUGCGCGGCGCCACAGUGGCCGCUCUGGAUACCGACAUCUGUGGUCCCAGCCUGCCGACGCUGCUGGCUGUCAGCGAUCAGGAGAUCACCAACAGCCAGUGGGGUUGGCUGCCGCCCGUGUCGCCCUGCGGUGUGAAGGUGCUCUCGGUUGGCUCAAUGCUGCCCAGUGCUGACGCCGCAGUGGCUCUGCGCGGUCCGCGAAAAACUCACCUGGUGCGAUCCAUGCUGAGGGACACGCUCUGGGGACGCCUGAACUACUUGGUUAUAGAUACUCCGCCCGGUACCAGUGACGAGCACCUGAGCCUGGCCAGACUUCUGCGAGACACGCGGCCCGACGGAGUUGUGCUGGUGACCACUCCCCAGGAUCUGGUCUGCGGCGUGGUACGGAGACAGGUGACGUUCUGUCGCAAGGUCGGUCUGAACAUCAUUGGCAUGGUGGAGAACAUGGCCGAAUUCGAGUGUCCCUGCUGUAAGGAGCGCUACCCGGUGCUGGGCGGCACGGGCGCCGCGGAGCGACUGGCCGCCGAUCUGGGCAUACCCCUGCUCGGCACGCUGCCCCUCGACCCGGCGCUGGCUACCCGCUGCGAGAGUGGAUCGGCUCACAACUGCCUCGGCCCGGAGUCGACUACGGAGCGCGCACUCGGGCGCAUUGUUGAGAAGGUAGUGCGACACUGCGAGCAGUGAUAGGGUAAAUGUCAUAAGAGUAACGCACUCAGUGCGAGUUGAAUCGUUGAUAUUAUACGGGCCAGUUAUGACCCUGCUCAAUGAUGUUAUUACCUACUGUGUAAAUGUAGACGAAUGCAAAUAUUAACGAUUAUAUUGUCCCGGACUCGGGUGUAGGCGUAUUACAGGAACAAAUGCUCAUUAUAUAUUUGUUACAUGGUUUAUGUAUGUUACCUCGGAUAACGCGCAUUCCAUGACAUAAUUCCAUGUGCCGAAUUGCCUACUUUUGACACAACUUUUCAAAGAACUUUAACGGGUAGGUACGCUAGACGUAUACUUAACAUAUAUUGAUAUUCAUAAAGAUAUAUUUGUUAUGAAUGAGAGGCAUGCAAUAAAUCUUUGAUAACAACGAGUCU